CUGCUGUUUCUCAGUCCUCACAGUUGAAAGCAUAAAACAAGCUCAUAGCUCCCUCUCAUGAUCACUGAGAUUCGCACAACCUCUCCUUCGUGCUUUCAGCUGCUGAGUGGUUAGAUCUAAUUGCUUCAGUGAGGUCACCAAAAGGUAUUUAUCGAAAAGCAUUGAACAACAACAGGCUUAACAGACACACAGAGGAAACCCCUCUCGCGCGUUGAUUUAUGGAAACAUUUAGGAUUGUACUACAGUUCUUUCUGGGUUGAGAAAUCUUGUGGCUACAGACUCAUGUUGCAGAAGGCAGGCAGCAGAAAUGGAAUACACAUAUAUCCAGCUGUUAUCGUUGAGAACAAUAUGUCCGAGUCUUCUUGAAUAUUAUUGCUGCCAAGGUCAUCCCAUCCUAAUCUUCUGAGGAUACUGUGAAAGAAGAUCAGUUUUGUGAAGUCCACAGUUUAUGGAACAUAUACAAGACAGCAAGACAAGCCUGGAGUUAUACUAAAUUGUUUCAUCUACACUAAUAGCAACAUGUAUGACCAGGUCUUGGACCUAUAAACACAGAUCCACCGGAGAUUUAAGUUUCAUUAUGAUGUUCAUGAACACCCAGAUCACUGCACUAUAAUGCGCAAAUGGAUACUAACUUGGAUCCUGCCAACUUUGCUCUACAUACCAUAUCUUUACACUAUCUUUCUACUGGGCACGCUCUCACUAGCCUGCAAUGACAUGACUACAGAGCAAACGGCUGCAAAUGUGAACUGUUCCAGCCUUGAGAGGCAUACCAGAAGUUAUGAAUUUAUGAAAGGGAGUGAUGUAAGAAUAAGAAAACUUUUUUGUCGAACGCAGUGGUAUCUGUGGAUUGAUAAGCGUGGUAAUGUGAAGGGUACACAAGACCCAAACAACAGCUACAGUAUUCUGGAGAUCAGAACAGUGACUGUUGGUGGGAUAGUGGCAAUCAAAGGAGUGCAAAGUGAAUAUUUUCUAGCUAUGAAUAAAUCUGGAAAACUCUAUGGAAAGAAAUUUUGCAAUGAAGAUUGCAACUUUAGAGAGCUAAUCCAGGAGAACAAAUACAACACGUAUGCAUCAGCAAAGUGGACCCAUAAUGGAAAAGAGAUGUUUGUUGCAUUGAGUAAUAAAGGGGCUCCAAUAAAAGGGAAGAAAUCCAAGAAAGAAAACAGAAGCUCUCACUUCCUUCCAAUUCAAACAUCCUAACCAUUAAUUAUCAGUUCCAGCAGAAUAUUUUUUUACCUUAAUAAUAUUAAUAAUUAUAAUAAUAAAAACAUACAAAGGACAAAGGAAUAAGCUGGAUCUACUACUGAAAAUCCUAUCAAGCUGGACUUGCAUAUGUAUGUAGAGAUAAAAGACUUCCACCAAAAAUGAAAAGGAGAAUUUUUUUUUUAAUAAUUUACCCAAAACAAGAUAUAGCUAAACACAAGGUGUAAAAAUUCUAGAGAUGUAAAAACAUAUGUUACUAAUAAUCGAGGGGUAUUAUUUUUGUUAAAUUAUCCAACCACCAAAGAAGGAGGAUUGACUUGAUCAUCUGAUGAUUUAUAUUUAAAGUGAAAAUCUGCUUGUCAAAUAUGGCUGCUAAAAACAUGUUUUAUUUUUUUAUUUUUAAAGCAGAUAAUAGUGUUAUGUAAAAUAUGUUGGACCAUGAGGCUGCUGGAAUGAUGUCAGAUUUUCAAGUCAAUUCUGCAUGUAGACACUGAGCAGUACCUACGCAAUUCAUUGUGAAAUAACUAUAUGCACAGUAUAAUAUAAAACUAAUUAUAGUUUUACUUUUGUGACUAUGGCAUUCAAAAAAAUAUAUAUUCCUCCAGUGAGGAUCUCCCACCAUCGUAUGUAAUGCCUCACUAUUAUGAAUGCCAGAUGCUGCUCAUAUUUUAUACCAACAGUACUACAAAUACAUUACUCACUUGUCUAUAUGCAGUUUGGUCUACAUAUGAAAACAUCAAUUUCUUGCAAUACUGACCUAAUAAAAGUAUUUCAGUUAUAAAAAUUUUUCCUUCUUAAACUGUUUAUAUUAGCUGCAAUUUGUUUGUUUAGCAAAAGUUCAACAAAUAUUUAAAGUGGAUCUCUCACAUCUAAUAAAGUAUAUAGACAUUACAUCUACAAGCAAAAAUGGGCUUUUAGUACUCUACCGUUUUUGAAAACUUAAGCCUAUGAAUUAAAAAGUAUUAAAGGGGUACUCCAGCCCUAAGACAUCUUAUCCCCUAUCCGAACGAUAGUGGAUAAGAUGUCUGAUCCCUGGGGUCCCGCUGCUGAGGAUCCCCGCAAUGUCUCAUGCAGCACCCACCUGUUGGCUGCACGCAGCGCUGGAACCUCAGAGUGUGUAGCGUCACGACCACAGGGCCGGAGUAUCAUGAUGUCACACCCCGCCCCCUCAAUGCAAGUCUAUGGGAGGGGGCGUGACAAGUCUUAGGGCCGGAGUACCCCUUUAAGUUUUAUAUAGGUCUUAAAUGGAUUGUGUGGAUAUACAAUUUUUUUAUAUGUCUGGAGUCGAUAAAAAUAAAAAAAAGUCAUAACUCAUAUCCUCUGAUUUCCACAUAAGCUGUUCACAAUGCUCCAGGUCCCUGAUUGCCCUUGGUUGUUUCUGGUUUUUGUGAUGCACUGAUCCCUCAGAAACCAGUAAGAAGCUUUAAGUGGAAGGGACGGGAAGAAUUGAAUAGCAGCUGAGGGGGAUCAGAGGAAAAGUUAUGACUUCUUUUAUAUUUUUACACUACUCUUGGCAAUUGUGAUUUUUUUUUUCUUAAUUGCAGGACAAUCACUUUAAACUGAGGGCUGGUGGAGUAAGAUCUGCCAAAUUUAGCAUCUGUGGCUGUUCAUCCACCACAACAUACAAUCUAUUCCAGCUAUGUAGCUAUGUUGUUUAUUGGAUAAAGUCAAUCUGUCAGGUGAUGGGAGACCUUGCCUACUCCCGCUAAGCCUCACCCACAUUUCAUACCCACUUUUCGAAACUGUCAAGAUCAGUAAAAAAAAAAAAAAAUCACAAAUAAAUACAUAAAUUACAUUAUUUUGGAGCAAAUAGACUAUGCACCAAGUUUUGCUACUUUUUCCACAAAAUUGCUUUAAAGACUUGAUCAAUCUCCCCCAGUAUAACUGAAGCAUUUGUAUCAGAAGAAAGUAUAUAGAGUACAGUAAAUUUCAAGCUGUGGCAUAUUGGAUAAAUAUAUCAUAAGUUAAAAGUUGGCUUUCCAAGAUCCUGACAAGCAGAGCAUUUGCCCUUUUUAAUACUUGGACAAUUUAAAUUCUGCUAACAUUUUUCAUCUCCCAAAAGUAAUAUGAUACAGCCCUAGUUUGCCAGUGGCAGCCAGAUAAAAAUUUCUAUAAAUUCCUGCCAGCAUCUUAUUGUAUAGAAGUGAAACAAAUUUAAGUAGCAGGUCAACCGGCCCUAUGCUUUUAAAACUUUUAUCUCC